CGGUGUAUAUGGUCAUCCCUCUCACGAUAUUAGCAAAUAUUCCCUCUCAGUCUAUCAGCUCCCUGUUCCCGCUGACGAAGGUGAAAUCGAGAGUACAUACGGAGCAGAAGCUACUUUGCACAAAGACCACACGCUUAAGAAAGAAAGACCUUCAUUUGCCGUGGCGCUGCUGUGGUCGUUAAUUGAUAUUCUUUUUCAAGUUUUCUUUUUGUGAGCUGAAUUAGAUAGCACAUAUACGCUAUGUUGGAAUACGAGAAUCAAAUGUUCUUGGACAUACUCCAUGAUGAUGGUCUAGUUGUUUGUGCCAAGGGGCUCGGAAUUGAGACUGUUUUCAUAAACAUACUGAAAGUCUACUUGGAUCCUGGUAAUUUGGUUAUUGUGCUCGGCACAAGUGACCAUGAAGAAUGCUACUUCAUCAACAGACUAGAAAACAUGGGUGUGAAAUUUUUGCCUCGUGUCAUCACAGCUCAGUUCCCGGCUAACGAGAGGGAGUUGAUGUAUCUAGAUGGCGGUGUUCUCUUUAUUUCGGGUAGAAUAUUCGUGGUUGACCUGUUGAAAAAUCGUGUGCCAUUGAAGUUGGUGACUGGAAUACUGGUUUACAGAGCCCACAAUAUACUAAAUUCGUUUCAGGAAGCCUUCGCCCUUCGCUUGUACAGGCAAAACAAUAAGACUGGAUUUAUCAAGGCAUUCACAAAUUCUGCAUUGGCAUUCACUGUAGGAUUUGCUCAAGUUGAAAGAGUGAUGAAAAGUUUAUUCGUCAAACAGCUGUACCUUUGGCCUCGUUUUCACGCGCUCGUUAGCAACAGUCUAUCAAAAUCAAAGCCAGAAGUAAUUGAAAUUCAUGCAAAACUCACACCAAAGAUGUUAAAUAUACAAAUUGCGCUUUUGGAUGUCAUGAACUACACUGUUAACGAAUUGAAGAGGAUUAACAAAUAUUUAGAACUGGAGGAGCUCACGGUUGAAAAUGUAAUCGCAAAAAAAUUUCACAAGCUCCUACAGCAUCAGCUGGACCCGAUAUGGCAUCAACUUAGCUUUAAAACCAAACAACUUGUUGCCGAUCUCAAAACCUUACGAUCGCUUCUUGUGUCCUUGAAUCAUGAGGAUUCCGUAUCUUUUUACGCGACUUUGAAUCGCCUACGCACUGCAGAAUAUGCAAUGAAUAGUAGCGGUUGGUUGCUACUAGAUUGCGUUGAAAAUCUGUUCAUAUCAGGAAAGCGGAGGGUUUACAAUGAAAAAGAUGAAUUGAAACCGGAAGCGAGUCCUAAAUGGAUCGCACUGUCAGAAAUUCUACGCGAAAUUCAAGACGAUAUUGACACGAAUAAAACUGAUCCGGAUGAGCUGCGAAAGGUCCUAGUUUUGGUUCAGGACAAAAUCACGUGCAACCAACUGAAAGGAUACCUGACGAUGGGCGCAGGGGAAUACUUACUCUACAGAGCGAUGUCAAAACUACAACCGAGCAAAAUAUCAAAACCAAAUGAUCAAAAUACAGAUGCUUUCUCUGCAUCCAAUCUUCCACCCUCGUCCGAAGCAAACGAAUCCACUGAGGAUACUGUGGAAAAAGAUAGUUACGUACUAACUCUCUCACAGAAGCCAUCAAGCGCUGAUUGCGCUGAGCAGUUUGAAGAGUGUUCACAGCUCGACGAAUUGGAUCUGUCUACAAUAUCGAAAGUUGCACCGCUGGUCGUUAUACAAUCAUUGAAAAAAAAUGGCGAUCCAAUGGCACUGCUUCAAACACUGUCCGAAAUGAUGCCAAGCUAUGUGAUUCUGUAUUCUGCUGAUAUAUCUGCCGUCAGACAGCUAGAGGUAUACCAAAGUAAUAAUCCUUCCAUUAAGCUAAAAGUUUUUUUCUUGAUUUACGGCGGUUCAGCGGAGGAACAAGCAUAUCUAACGUCAUUGCGCAGGGAAAAGGAGUCCUUCAAUAUGCUCAUCAAUACAAAAGCUACAAUGGUUGUGCCUGAGGAUCAAGACGGCAAGACUGACGACUGCCAGACAUUGGUGAGAGGCACCAGUGGCCCGGUACCAGAUGCCGAGAAUACACGCAAAGGCGGUGUUCAAGAAGAUGUUCCUAGAUUGGUGGAGAAAAUAAUUGUAGACAUGAGAGAAUUCAGGAGCGAAUUACCCGCGCUCAUACACAAAAGGGGAAUAGAGAUUGAGCCAGUCACCCUUUUAAUCGGCGACUACAUUUUAUCACCAGAAAUUUGCAUUGAGAGAAAGAGUAUAUCUGAUUUAAUUGGCUCACUAAACUCUGGAAGGCUAUAUAAUCAAGCAGUCGCUAUGACUCGUCACUAUGCCAAGCCCAUGCUACUUAUAGAGUUUGAUCCGAACAAGCCAUUUUGCUUCCAGAACAACUAUUUUCUCAGCGCGGAUACAAAAAGCAGCGAAGUUACAGCGAAACUUCAAUUGCUCACUCUGCAUUUUCCAAAGUUAAAACUGAUUUGGUCCCCCAGUCCAAGCGCCACGUCACAAUUAUUCGAAGAGCUUAAGAAGGACAGAGCUCAGCCGGACGCGUUAAAGGCGGCACAAAUUGGAGUAGAAGAAAACGUAGACGAAGAAUUCAUUGUUGAUAAAUAUAACAAGAUUCAAGAUCUUGUGUCGAAACUCCCAGGGGUCAACUCGAAGAACAUGAGAGCAUUGCUGAAUAAAGGAGAAUCGCUGGAUCAUCUUAUCACACUGUCUCAGGCUGAGUUGGCUGAAAUACUAGGUAAUAGCGGAGAUGCUCAACUUUUGUACGAUGCAUUACACAAGAGGAACGCAUUGAAGGAAGAACAGUCCGCCAGUCGAAGUGGUCGAGGCGGAUCAAAAGUUCGAGGGAGGGGAUUAUUUCGUAAAAAGAAAUAGACCGAUAUCUAAUUAAAACGAGUUUUUAUUUUAUAUUUAUUUAUUUUAUUAGUAAAUUUCAAUGUUUUAUCGAUUAUAAGUUGUAUCUUUGAUCUGCGAUACAUGUAAAUAUAUUUCUCAACUAAUACAUAAAUUUAAAUUA